GGUAAAGUUGUUUCCGUGUUGGGGUCAAGUGACACAUUUCACCUGUUGAGGAGUUUACAUGCAAGACACGGGAAAUCCCAGGGGAUACUGGCAUGGGAAAGCCGUGAAAUAUAAGUGGUUCAGUUGCAGUUUCAAGUUUUGUCUGUGGCGGUUAAACGAGACUAUGCUAUGACCCGAAACUGUGGUGACUGAGGCGGCGCAGGAUGUGGUAGCCUACAUUUUGCUAGAUUUUACCCAUGAAGAAGACGAAGUAUAUCGAUAAAAGUGCGAGCUGACAGUUAAAUGGUGAUGAUGGCCAAUUACCUUUAGAGGGAGCUGUGACCCUCCCUUCCCAAUGGGACCUGAGAAGAACUCUGCACUGAUUAACACGAUGAUCACCACGCCUCCCCCCUCCCCCCCUCUCCCUGGCUCUCCCAUGCCCCCAAGCCACUGCGCCCCCUGUCCUGCUGCACCGCCCUGUUCCCCAUGCCUCUCCCCCACCAUGUCACCACACAAGCGUGCCAGCCCCGGGGGGGUGACCCUGCGGCCCCUUCCCUCCGACCACCUAGGACACCUGGACUCCAUGAGGAGACACAGCUGGCAGCCUGGGGCAGUGAUGCAGGGCUAUGCACAGUAUGAGCACCGCAGUGUGAGUCUGGAGGACCUCGACCCCGAGGAGAUGGAGAAAAUGCUGGGCGGGCCCCUGGGCGAAAUGAGAGGGCGAGACCCACGGCGAGCUCCGAUCACUCACUACGGCCCCGAGUUUGGGUCCCUGCUGUCACUCACAGAGGAGGAGACGGACUCUGACCCACAGCACUUCUCACUACUGGAGGAGCAGUCCAGCCAGAUGCAUGGCUGUAGCGCCUCGGCCCCCUCCCUGUUCGACCCGGCGACUGAGGCGCAGUCCCUGAGGGUCGCCCCUCGCCCUCGGCCCCACUCACACUGCCACGAAACCUCUCUGUACUCUUUGGUUGGAGGCUCCACACAAAGUGUGGAUGCAGGCAGCGAUCUGGGCUCGGCGGUCUGGGGGAGAGAGGAGAGGACGGAGCGAAAGCAGGGCCACAGAGAGGGGAGGGAGGAGAAGACGGGCAGCCCGCUCGGGCGUACACUCACUUUCCUGCGCAAGAUGGCUGGAAACCGCAAGAAUAAAGAGAAGGAGCGGAUGAAGGAGAGGGAGAAGGAGGCGAGAGAGAGGGAGGCGAGGUACAGCAACGGUCACCUCUUCACCUCCCUCACCGUGUCUGGGACGACACUCUGCUCCGCCUGCAACAAGAGCAUCACUGCCAAGGAGGCCCUCAGUUGCCCCACCUGCAAUGUCACCAUCCACAACCGCUGCCGAGACACUCUGCCAAACUGCGCCAAAAUGAAACAGAGGCAACAGAAGCUGGCUCUGGUGAGGAAUAGCUCAGCCCUGCAAAAUGUCGCUCUCCGCACAAAAAGCCCCAUGCUGAAAGAGAGGCCCAACUCGGCCAUCUACCCCUCUGACAGCCUGCACAAGACUCUGCUGGGCUCCCGCCGCGGCCGCUCCGGACUCUCUCUUUCCAAGAGUGUCUCCACCAAUAACAUAGCAGGGAACCUGAAUGAUGACUCUCCCCUGGGGCUGCGCAGGAUCCUGUCCCAGUCCACAGACUCUCUCAACUUCCGCAACCGGGCCAUGUCCAUGGAGUCCCUCAACGAUGAAGGGGAGGUGUACUACGCUUCCGUACUGGAGGAGCUGGAGCGGGAGGGCCGGGAUUUUGAGGCGGACUCCUGGAGCCUGGCGGUGGACUCCUCCUACCUGCAGACUCACCGUAAAGACAUCAUCAAGAGGCAGGAUGUCAUCUACGAGCUGAUCCAGACAGAGCUGCACCACGUGCGGACGCUGCGGAUCAUGGACGGGGUGUUCCGGCAGGGCAUGCUGGAGGAGGUGCGGCUGGAGCCGGGCGUGGUGCACGCCGUCUUCCCCUGCCUGGACCGGCUGCUAGCGCUGCACUCGCGCUUCCUGGCCCAGCUGCUGCUGAGGAAGAACCACAGCCUGGCGCCCGGCAGCAGCAACAACUUCACCAUCCACCAGCUGGGCGACGUGCUGCAGGAGCAGUUCUCAGGCCACAACGCGGACGAGAUGAGGAAGGCCUACGCCGAGUUCUGCAGUCGGCACCUGAAGGCUGUCAAACUGUACAAGGAGCUGCUGGCCCGAGACAAGCGCUUCCAGUACUUCAUUCGGCGAGUAAGCCGGGGCCCCCUGCUCCGUCGCCAUGGCAUCCAGGAAUGCAUCCUGUUGGUCACUCAGCGCAUCACCAAGUACCCCGUCCUCAUCCAGCGCAUCCUGGACAAUACCAAGGGCAAUGAGGAGGAGGCCUCUUCUGUCAGCCAGGCGCUGGUGCUGAUCCGGGAGCUGCUCAGCUCGGUGGACCAGCAGGUCCUGGAGCUGGAGCGCACCCAGAGGCUGCAGGAGAUCCAGGCCCGGCUGGACCCGCGGGCGGAGACGGAGGUGCGGGGCGGAGGGGUGUUCCGCGGCGGGGAGCUGCUGAGGCGCCAGCUCAUCCACGAGGGAACGCUGCUGUGGAAGACCACUGCGUCCAGACUCAAAGAUGUACAGGUCCUGCUGAUGACAGACAUCCUGGUGUUCAUGCAGGAAAAAGAUCAGAAGUUCAUUUUCCCCUGCCUGGACAAGCCUGCUGUUCUCUCCCUGAAGAACCUCAUAGUCAGAGACAUAGCCAAUCAAGAGCGCGGAAUGUUCCUCAUCAGUGACUCCACCCCCCCAGAGAUGUACGAGAUCCACGCCGCCUCCAAGGAUGACAGGAACACCUGGAUGAGACUCAUUCAGCAGACUGUCAGCUGCUGUCCGUCCAGAGAGGACUUCCCGCUGAUCGAGACCGAAGACAAGGCUCUGCUGCGCCGGCUCAGAGCUGAUAUCCAGCAGAAGGACCGGGAGGUGCUGGAGCUCCUUCAGGAGAGGGUCACCCUGUUCUCAGAUCUGGCAGAGGUGACGUCAGGCCAGGAGGUCACCUUGCACCACAACACACGAAAUCUCUUCCGUGCCGAAACCCCCCACGCGCCCCAGGCGGAGAGGCUGCUCAAUGAUGCCAUUGCUGAGGUGGACAGGCUGAGCGAGCUGCUGCUUGGCUCCAACAUUGAAGUGCCUCUGUCAUGUAGUUCCAACAGCGAUCAGAACCACACGGAGGCGCCAGUGAGCAAUGGAGAGGAGAUAUCAGUCAAUGGAACUCACGACCAGAACAGCCCAACAUCGAAGGACAGGAAUGGUAACCAACUACAAGACAAGCCUCUGAAUGAGGAGGUGUGUCAGAGGCUGGUGAAUCUCAGUACCCAGCUCCAUGCACUACAGGCUGCCGUGAUCACGCAGGACUCCAUCGUCGAGCGCUGCGUCCGGGAGGGCUCGCUCUCAACACCCACGACGCCCGUCCCGCUGUCCUCCACCCCUGCCAAGCUGUGCCGCUCCAUGUCACGCGACGCGGGCCUGGACGCCAGCACGGGGGCGGCCUUGGGGGAGCUGGCCCUGCUGCAGCGGCAGCACAGCCUCCUGCAGGAGGAGCUGGUGAGACUGAGGGCCUCCGAGGGCAAGCUGAAGGACAGCGAGAAGGCCCGCCUCCAGCUGGAGAAGCAGGUGAAGGACAUGAUCGCCAACAGUGGCGCCGCCCCAGUGGAUGCCGCGGGAAUGACAGGUUCCGAUCAGGCUCCUCACGAAGGCAAUGGAAGUGAGGGAGAUCCUGACCCUGUUGCGCCAUUGGCCACUCAAGAAUUAGUUGACCAGUUGGAUGGCCUACAGGAAGGCAGCGACUUGGAGGAGAACUCAGAUGACGAGGAAGACUUGAGAAUUUCACCCCGCUCUGACAGCCCCAGAGACCUACAGGACAUCCCGGAGGAGAGUGAGUGCGGAGCAGAAGCGCGGGAGUCUGAGGCGGAUUCUGAGACGCACAGCUAACGACAGCUCUACCUGGUCCCGGGACCUAGAACUGGACCCCAUCUCAACAGGAACCGCAGACCUGAACUCACCUUUCAUUCUGUACAUAUAAGUCCACCUAUAGAGCAAAUAUCAUAUUAUCUUAAGGUAUAAACUUGCAAUGAGAUGUUGUGCUACAGUUCGAGAUUCAUGGUUCACUGUUAUUUUAUUUCAUAUUAUGUCUCUCUUCUAGAAUCCUCCUUGGAAUCUGUUUUCUGUUCUGUGACUCUUCCCUCCGGCUCCUGCCUCUUUUCUCUCCAUCCCUUUUCUUCCUUAAAACAAGGAAGAAAUGCCAAAAAGGGAGUGUUUGAGGAGAAGGAAUUAGGACAGUAGCCGCAGCAGUGAUGAGAUUCCAAGGUAGAUUCAGGGACCUGUUCAUAUGAUGGAAACCAUAAUAUGAUUAGUAACAACCUAACCUGUUUUAGCUGUUCAUUUCAUCCAGUAUCCUCAGUACUUUUGCGUUGUCUGUGGCCUGGAUAUCUUAGUGACUGAAACUCAGCGUUCACAUGAGGAGGAGGAAGUUGG